AACCGGUCGUCAGUGCGGCACAGUGUGGAGUUGGACUUGGAACCGAUCGGACACGAUCGGUGCAUCGCUCCUGCAGUUGAUCAGACUUUCUCCGAGAUGCUGAGGGAAACGCUCGUCGUUUUCGCGGCCUUUCUCGCCCUGGCAGCUGCUACUCAGGUCAACCAAUGUGGUACCGGGAGGCGAUAUGAUGACACCGACGCGGUCCAGAUCUCCGGAUGUAGCGCUCCACCGUGCAUCUUGCGUCGCAAAACAAGCGUUCUUGUCGAACAAAAAUUUGUGCCAGACCAUGACGUACAAAACUUGAGGACUUCGGUGCACGCUACUAUUUUGGGACUCCCAUUGCCUUUCGUCGGCGUAGACGGAACCGACGCUUGCGGCAACGUCUUCAACCUGGAUGGCACCCCAGCUGGUUGCCCCCUGAAGAAAGGCACCGAAUAUCACUACAAGAGAGAAUUCCCGGUUCUGGAAAUUUAUCCAAAGGUUUCACCCGUGGUUUACUGGGCCCUGACAGAAAAUGAUAAUCCGAUCACUUGCUUCGAAGUGCCGGCAAAAAUCACAUAAUCAUCGAGGUGGGACGUCGAAGAAUAUUCAGAUGCCAGUUUGGGAAUAUCAUUCCAGAGGAUUUGGAGAUCUUGAAAUUCGAGAUGUCUUCACAAUUAAGGAAAGAGCCGAUGAAGAAACGACGGAAGCGUCAUUUUUAUUAGAGGAACAGCCGCAUGCACUGUACAUUAUAGAAUAAAAGAUUUUGUAAUUUUCAA